CACUAGCUGGUGGCCACGCACUGGUAAAACAGGAAGAGGAGUAGCAGGUUGUUGUGAAGUGAGAUCAAUCGUCACACCUAGCCCAGGGUGGUACUGCUGACUAAUUGAGGAGUUUGUAACAAGUGAAGUUUUAGAAGCGAUCCCACGUGGAGCAAGGAAUCAAGAUGGGGACGAUAUUCCGCAGCGAGGAGAUGUCGCUGUGUCAGCUGUUUCUUCAGUCAGAGGCAGCUUACGCCUGCGUCUCCGAACUCGGGGAGCUCGGACUCAUGCAGUUCAAAGACUUGAACCAUGGAGUGAAUGCCUUCCAGAGGAAGUUUGUCAAUGAAGUGAGACGGUGUGAGGAGAUGGAGAGGAAGCUGAGAUACAUUGAGAAGGAGAUCAAGAAGGAGAAGCUGAAGAUCCCGGACUAUGGAGAAAACCCUAAAGCUCCUGCUCCCAAGGAGAUGGUAGACCUGGAGGCCACCUAUGAGAAGAUCGAGGGUGAGCUAAGGGAGGUCAACACAAACGCUGAGGCAUUGAAGCGGAACUUCCUGGAGCUGACAGAGCUCAGAGAAGUCCUGAUCAAGACACAGAACUUCUUCUCUGCUCACCGUCAUGAGAUGGGAAGCCUAGUCCAUGAUGCACAACAAGCUCUCAAUCAAGAUGAGGUCGGCUUUGCUCCACAACAGUCCGUACAACUGGGAUUCCUGGCAGGCUGCAUCCCAAGGGAGAAGUUGCCUGCCUUUGAGAGGAUGCUGUGGUUUGCCUGUCGUGGUAACGUCUUCCUACGAUAUGAAGAAAUCCAACAACCAAUGGAGGAUCCUGUUACUGGGGAUCCCGUCUUCAAGAGUGUCUUCAUCAUCUUUUUCCAAGGAGAGCAACUCAAGGCCAGAGUGAAGAAGAUCUGUGAAGGGUUCAAGGCAGCACUGUACCCCUGCCCAGACUCGCCCCAGGAGAGGGAAGAGAUGCUGAAGGGUGUGUCCACUCGGCUCGAGGAUCUCAAGAUGGUGUUGAACCAGACUCAGGACCAUCGGCAUCGUGUUCUGGUUGGGGCGCAGAAGGAGGUUCGAACCUGGAUCAUCAAGGUGGAAAAGAUCAAGGCCAUCUACCACACCCUCAACAUGUUCAACUUUGACGUGUCACACAACUCCCUCAUCGCUGAGGGCUGGUGUCCAGUCAGGGCUCUGGAAGAUGUGCAGAUGGCUCUCAAACAAGGAGAGAAAACUAGUGGGAGUACAAUCCCUACAAUCAUCCACCCAAUGAAGACCCGCGAGACCCCACCCACCUUCUUCCGUACUAACAAGUUCACCAAGGGCUUCCAGAACAUUGUAGAUGCCUAUGGCAUUGCCAGCUACCGAGAAGUCAACCCAGCUCCAUAUGCUAUCAUCACCUUCCCGUUCCUGUUUGCCGUGAUGUUUGGUGAUGCUGGCCAUGGAAGCAUCAUGUUCAUGUUCGGGCUGUGGAUGAUCAUCAGUGAGAAGAAGCUCCUGGCCCAGAAGUCGGACAACGAGAUUUGGAACACCUUCUUUGGUGGUCGUUACAUUAUCACUCUGAUGGGUCUCUUCUCCACCUACACCGGGGUCAUCUACAACGAUGCAUUCUCUAAGAGCUUCAACAUCUUUGGAUCAGCAUGGCGUAAUGAGGAUUACAAAGAGAGCCUGCUUGAGGUGCCAGACAUUGAGCUGACGUUAGACCCAGCCCUGUUCUUCAGGAAUAGCACACCCUACCCACUCGGCAUUGAUCCAAUUUGGCAGUUAUCUGACAACAAGAUCACGUUCCUCAACUCCUUUAAGAUGAAGACGGCUGUCAUCCUGGGCAUCUCCCAGAUGUUGUUCGGCAUCAUUCUGGGCAUCUUCAACCACAUCCACUUUAGGAGUGUGUUGAACAUCCUGGUGGAGUUCAUCCCUGAGGUCAUCUUCCUCCUCAGCCUCUUCGGCUACCUCGUCUCCCUCGUCUACUUCAAGUGGAUAACAUUUGAUGUCAGCCAGGCCAGCUGCGCACCUGCGCUCCUCAUCCAGUACAUCAACAUGUUCAUGUUCAAGUACACAGCCGAUGGAGACCAGAAGUGUAAUGCUCAGUUACCCUUCUACAAGGGACAGCAAACUAUCCAGACAAUCCUGUUGGUGGCUGCUGUUGCUUGUGUGCCAGUGAUGUUGUUAGUCAAACCCUUCGUCCUAAGAUCCCGACAUAACAAAAAACUGAGGGAGAUUGAAGCUAUGAGAGGGCGCCUUGGUGCUCACUCCACAGAUGCUCUUAUUCCAAAUGAAAUUAUUGGGGAAAAUUCAGCCGGUAAUGGGGUUCCGCGUAAACCGAAUGCUGAUUUGAAAGCCGAUGGCGAAGGUGAUAUCGAACUUGGGCCAAUGCCAGCAGGGGCAGAUAACAUUGAGGAGUUGCCAUCAACUAGUCAAGCCGGGGAUUCAGUACCUGCAUCUGUUUCACAGAAAGACAUCAGCGUGAAUAUUGAGGGCGCCACAACUUCUCUUCUUCCCGAUGAAGACUUUGAGGACGAUUUUGAGUUUGGCGAGAUCUUCAUCCACCAAGUGAUCCACACCAUCGAGUUCUGCCUUGGCUGCAUUUCCCACACUGCCUCCUACCUCCGACUGUGGGCUCUCAGUCUGGCUCAUGCUCAGCUGUCGGAGGUGCUAUGGCAGAUGGUGUUCAGCCUGGCACUGAAAAUGGACAUUCCAUGGUUUGGUUCAGUCAUUGUGUUCGUCUUGUGGAUAUUCUGGGCCAAUCUGACCAUUGCUGUCCUGCUGGUCAUGGAGGGGCUGUCUGCUUUCUUGCACACCCUCCGUCUUCACUGGGUGGAGUUUCAGAGCAAGUUCUAUGUCGGCGAUGGCUACAGCUUUAACCCUUUCAGCUUCAAGUUCGUCCUUGACAUCGAGUCCCUUGAGGACAUCAAAUAAGGCUUCCAUUGGCCAGUCACGACCUAGUCGUGUUCAUGUCUUCCAACUACAAUUGUCUCCGAUGCUGCUACCAUCACUGGUAGUAAAAGACCUUAUUUGGUAUACACUUAUUCUCUAAGAUGACUAUAAUUUGAUAGCUGAUUACAGAGAUCCUCUUAAAUUUUAGGGAAAUAGUUUUGCUUAAAAAAUCAUAUUUACUGUCCUUGUAGAAGUAAAACAAAAGUUAUUUUAUUAUUUUUUAAUAUGGCUAUUGCUCAUAGGUGUUUAUUGACAUUAGGUAACAGUCUUCCAAAACAGUUGGUAAGUGGAAAUGUCAGACUUUGUUUUAGAAUGAUAGCAUUCUCAUGAAAUGAUUAUUACUGCAAUUCUUAAUGUGUUAACAGUGUUUGAAAAACUGUAUUUAGUAUUCUCAUAGAAACAGAGGGGGUAAAGUGACUUGCUUCCUGUGCUUGGCUCCUUGUAAUUAGAACAUCAUGUUUAUCUUUUCUUUUUUUUCAAAUAAUGAAAUCUAUCAAGGGUAGCUGAUUAAACUGUUUAUUAAGGACUGUUUGUAAUAUUACAUCAAGGACAUUUUACUGAUCACACUCUGAAAAAGGCAAUAUGGUUUGUACCUGUUUCUGAUGACUUUAUUGUAUUGUUAUACUUUGGAAAAUAUAUUUUGUGUGUAUACUGGUUACUUUGUCCACUUAAAAGUGUAAGACUUUUACUUCUGCCUAAAGAAAAACUAUUUCCGAGAAAUAUUGACACCUGCUUUAUGAUAUGUUAUGAAUAAAAUGAAUAAAUUUGUCUUCCAA